GUACAGGGGCCAUAUUGUUGAUGUGUCACCUCGGGAGGAGAUCACUCGCACGGACUUGACACUCACUGUUUAUCACGGCAGCUGGUGUAUGGCAUUUUAAAUGGAUUUAACAUAACCGUGCCAGUAGCUGAAGGAGAUCAUGGAGCCGUCGGAUUGUCAGAACGAACUUACCCCUGCCUCUGACCCCUCCCAAAGUUCAGAGGUCAGCGUGGUUCCAGAAGGAUCAACCGAUGUCCUCAGCAAUGGGAGUGAACCUGUUUUAAAAGAACAGGAGGAAGACACAGAGCUGGACAGUCUUGAGCUGGAUGUUACUCUUUCAGAAGCUCAGAGAUCAGACAUACACAUGAAGGUCCAGCCGGAUGAAGGACUUGGAGAAAGCGCACAGGGUGAUGGGAACACAAGCUGUGACAGUGGAACAGCCUCCAUUGAUGAUGCCAGGACUCCACCAGCUGUUCACGACAGUGCUGUAGAAUCACUUCCUGCUGUUCUUGAUGGAGAACCCAAAUGUUCUGGCCUUGAAGAACCAGAAGGUGGGACUCAAAAUAAGCUUGAGGAAUCUUCUCCAUCUGUUCUGAAUGGGACAGAUGAAAUUUCAUCCACACAGCUGGAUACAUUGAAUGGGCCAACAGACCUUGACAGAACUCCUUUGACUCCUACACCGACUCCUCAGAGUGAGGAACUGCCUGAUGUUGUUUCAGUACCCCAAAACUCGCAAUCCAACUCCAACGUGAACCCGUAUGACACAGACUGCAGCAGGAAACUUUUGUCUGAGAUCCAGCGCUCUCUGUCUCAGGAGUCUCUGCUGGAUGAGCUGGAGGAUGAGCUGUUGAGCAGUCAGUCAGAUGGCAUCCGUAAGGGAAGUCCUCCUAAUGGGCUUCAGAAGGACCAGAACUCCAUGGUUUUGUUUGAGAAGUGUGUACAAUACAAGUACUCCCAACAGGAGAAAGCCAUCAAGAGAUUACUUGAUGAGAAUAAGAAACAUCAGGAGCUGAUUCUGGGCAUCUGCUCCGAGAAAGACAACAUGAGGGAUGAGCUGAAGAAGAGGAUGGAGACAGAGAAACAACAUCUUUCCACCAUUAAGAAAUUUGAAAGCCGGGUGGAGGAACUUAUGAAGGAGCUAAAAGACUCCAGAGACAAACUGGUUCACCAGGAUCAGGCCGCUAAGAAUGCCAUUCAACAGUUGCAGAGAGAGAUGGCCUAUCGACUUGAACAGGCCAAUAAGAAAUGUGAGGAGGCACGGCAGGAGAAGGAGACUAUGGUAAUGAAGUAUGUUCGAGGUGAAAAGGAAGCUCUAGACCUGCGGAGGGAAAAGGAGCAGCUGGAGAAAAAACUAAGGGAGGCCACAGCAGAAGUAGACAAACAGGCUCGGCGGGGAAACACGCUGGCCCAGGAGAAAGGUCGUCUGCAGCAGCUCUAUGAUGCCAAGGAGAAUGAAGUGACAAGACUAUCCCGUGAACUGGAGAAAGUCAAGGAAGAAAUCAAUUCUAAUGUCAUCAAAGUAAAGUGGGCGCAGAACAAGUUGAAGAGUGAAACGGAUGCUCACAAGGAAACAAAAGACAGACUAAAAGAAACUACCGCCAAGCUGACUCAAGCAAAGGAGGAGACUGAACAGAUUCGCAAAAACUGCCAGGAUAUGAUCCGCACAUACCAGGAAUCUGAGGAGAUUAAGUCAAAUGAAUUGGAUGCAAAGCUGCGAGAGACUAAAGGAGAGCUGGAGAAGCAAAAACAAGAGCAGACGGACCAGCUAGAGAUGUACAAAGCUAAGAUUAAGGAGUUGGAGGAUCUGAAGAGGACUUUUAAAGAAGGCAUGGAUGAGCUGACCACCCUGCGGACCAAGGUUAAGUGUCUGGAGGACGAACGGCCCCGCUGGGAAGACGAACUCUGCAAAUACAGAGAGAUCAUUAACAGACAGAAGGCUGAGAUCCAGAACCAGAGGGAAAAACUCACAGCUAUCACUAGACUAGAGGAGCAGCACCAGAGGGAUGAGCAGGAGAUUGCGUCCUUGCAGGAGGAGGUGGAGAAUCUGAACUCUCAAAUCACCGACUUGCAGAGGGACAUUGAAGGCAGCAGGACGAGAGAGGCGGAGCUGCUGGGCUUCACUGAGAAAUUGACCAGUAAAAAUGCUCAGCUUCAGUCUGAGAGCAACAGCUUACAGGCUCAGCUGGACAGAUUGAACAGCAGCUCCAGAGAGCUGCACAGCAAACUAGAGGAGACUGAGAGAUCCCUCUCUGAUAUGACGGACAGAUUGAAGAAAGAGGAGCAUCAAAGACAGGAGGAAGUUCUGGCGUUGCAGACAGAGAGAACGACACUACAGACGGAGAUGUCGCAGCUAAAGACACGCGUGGAGGAAUUGCGAGACGAACUGGUCACUCAGAAGAGAAAACAGGCGGCCAAUAUCAAAGACCUCACCAAGCAGCUCAUGCAAGCUCGUAAGAAGCUGGAGCAGGUGGAGAAUGGCGGAUGUGAUCGAGAGGGCAGCAGCAUGGGCAGCCGCUCCAGUUCUUCAGGCUCUCUAAACGCACGGGGCAGCAGUAUGGAUGAUCGCUCUCCAGAGAAUCAGUCCGGUUCGUCGGUGGUAGUAGUGGACAGUUUCCCCGAAGUGGACAAAGCUGUGCUAGUGGAGCGCAUCGUGCGGCUACAGAAGGCACAUGCUCGUAAAAACGAGAAGAUUGAAUUCAUGGAGGACCACAUUAAACAGUUGGUGGAGGAGAUCAGGAAAAAGACAAAGAUUAUCCAAAGUUACGUGCUCAGAGAAGAGUCUGGAGCUUUGUCUUCAGAAGCCUCGGAUUUUAACAAAGCCAACCUGAGCCGGAGGGGAGGUAUCAUGGCAUCGUUGUACACCUCCCACCCCGCCGACAGCGGCCUCACUCUCGACCUCUCACUGGAAAUCAACCGCAAACUCCAAGCAGUGCUAGAAGACACCCUGCUCAAAAACAUCACACUGAAGGAGAAUCUCCAAACGCUGGGUUCAGAGAUCGAACGACUAAUCAAACAGCAAAGGGUGCCAGACGACACGGCCGGAAGGAAGUGAAAUCAGUCGACGGGAAGGAUGUUACAAUAAAUAGCACACGCUGUACGACUGAGCCCGUUACGAAACUAUUUACUCCGUUUGGGAUCAAAACUGUGCUCUUUUCAUCAAGUUUUUAUACACUGGAGGCACAGUUCAAAAUAAGGACUGAGCUACGCUAAUGAUACUUACAAAUGACUGGAAAGCAAAGAGAUUACCAAGAGCCUCCGCUCAUUUUUUUUUCACAACGUGCCCGACUGUCCUCUUAUCGCCAUCCCCCCGUAACCGUGCCUGGAUGAUUUGGUUCGUCAGGUUCAGAGAACUGCAGUCCUAAAUCCAACAGCGUGGUUUAUGAAGUUGGUUAGAUGAAUGGCUGUUCUCAUAAAUGUGACCCCACGCUCUUAUGAAGAACAAAACGCGCCAGACUAAUGGAGACCCACGGAUUCUGCAGCUCUUUAGAAGCUUUCAGAGGCUUUUCCUCUAUUCACAGCAUCGCAGGUUAAUGGCCGCUCCUCGUCGCUCUUAUUUUCCCCAUCAUGCAAACGUGCCAAUUAAUGAAUGUAUUAUGUAAUGAGAAGGGCCCUUGCGUCUAAUCCCACUCGCUGUGACCCAGGAGCGUGGGCAACAUUCCCCGUUCGGGCUGCUGCUAGGUUACCGCUACACCCGAAUACCAUUAUCUCCCGCGAAGCACUUAGGCAAGAAGGGCCAUGCCAAAAAACACAGUCUCAUUAUGAAGUUAAACACAUUAAUCAGAAUGAAUAACUACAUCUCAGAAAUUUUGAUACAUCUAGGGCUAGUCUUAAGGGAGCUUGCGGUUCUGGAUUAAGUUGUAAUUAAAUAUUAUUGUUAUUUUUUCCUUCUCCCCGUUCUUUUCUGCCUCUGUUUAUGUUUUCUGUAGAAACAACCUUGUAAUUAUUUUUAUGUUCCAGCUUUUUUAGUUAAUGACGAUCUGAUGCUGCUUUUGAAGAGCCCGUUGCUCCCCAAAGAAACCCUGUGAAAUGAAGGAGACAUUGUAAAUAUUAAGGGCAAAAGUGCAAUUUUAACCCCCCUUUUUGUUUGUUCUUUGACUAAGCCGUAAUCGCCCCCGGCCAGCGUCCCAUCUGAGACUCCAGCAAAAUAUCCGUGGUGAUGUAACCAUAUGGUACACAACAUUGUGCAGAGUUGAAUCCAUUCCAGCCAAAUUGCGACUGCUGCUCUGCUUCGCCUUCCGUCCCUUCUUGCAGGGGUGCACGAUGAAGAAUUGCCCCGUCGGAUGCUGCUGAUGAAUUUUUUAGGUUCGCCUUUAGAGCAGAUGAUUGGCAGAUCUCAGUCGGUUUACCAACCAUUUUAGUGCCAUGCUCAGUCUUCUGAGUUUUCACACACUAUUGAAAGUAAAAUCUUGCCCAUACACUGUGAUGAAGGGUUUAUAAUAACUUGACAUACUGCACUAUAAGCUUGUCAAGGUCAUAUCAGAUGUUCUAACACUGAGCGCCUGUGCUGUAGCUCUCAGUGCUCCCAAAAACCCAAACACAUUGCAGGCAUUCCGGAAAACGCUGGACGAAGGAAAUUAUGCAAUGCUAGCAGAAAAAAUAAGCAUUUACACAGAGCCCUUAAUAGUGAAAUGAAGACUCUAUAAUCUGUCAAUUAAUUUAUCAGUGUACUUUACAUUCAUAAUUUAUUUAAUGUCUCAAAAUACAAGAUCUCUUGAAGUAUGUAUGUGUUUGUGAAUGGUGAAAAGAAAAAAAAGUCAUGUGUUGAUUCUGUUCCUGGUCUGUCCUUUGUGCUCUGCUUGAUUGUAUAGUAAGUGAAACUGUGAUUAUAAAUUUGUAGAUAUAUUGUACAAUGGUCCAGUGUUUUUAAACUUCUGGAGUCUACUGUAUAUAUGAAGUUUAAAGGGGAUUAAAAUGAAAAUAUUAUAA